AUCACACGUCAAUCAUUGCAGCCCGGACGUUGCAUUCUGCAUGUUUGCUUGGUUGGCUUGGUAAGACGGACAAAAUGAUCGGCGAUCUCUUGAUAUUCGGGACCUUGUUGAUGAAUGCCGGGGCAGUGCUGAAUUUUAAAUUGAAAAAAAGGCAUUCUCAAGGAUUUGGCGAUGAACCUCUCGGACCCACCACAGGAGACAACAUCAGAGAAUUUCUUCUGAGUCUACGUUAUUUCCGGAUCUUUAUUGCUUUGUGGAACAUCUUCAUGAUGUUUUGCAUGAUUUUGUUAUUUGGAUCAUAAAGAGCAAGAGGAAGUGUGCAGAGUUCUUUCAAAGGAGAAACCACAUUCAUGGGUGUUUUGUUAUGGGACAUUUCUCAGUGUCAGAUUAUCUGUUAGCCUGGAAAACUUCGCCUUUGUUGGAUUUCGUGGAUUAUGUUUCCUGUAAUUAUAUUAUAAGUAUCAUGGACUCACUUUGCCCUUUUCGCAUUGUUCUUUUUGUGCCAACUUCUCUCCCAGGUGUCUUGGUUCAUUCAGAAAAAGGUUAGAAAUCUCAAAGUGGACCAAAUACGAAGCUCGUGCCACAUGGAUAAUUACCUAUUUUGACACCGAAGCCAUUGAAAUUACAUGAAACUGAAGAACAUUACAUCCUGUUGAGCCUGUCCAUGAUGCUAACAAUGGCACAGUCACAUAGUGUGGUGACAUGUAUAUUGCAGGGGUGAAUAUUGCUAUGUUUUACUAUAUUAGGGCAUGCACAUAUUAAUAUUAUUGUAUGAUCAAAUGGACACUUCCUCUGUUGUAUCAUCAGAAAUUAAGGUUUGUAUAUGAAUAGAAUCUUUUCCUUUUAAAUUUCUGUAUCCCAUCAGAAUUUUACUUUCUAGUAGAGGUUUGCUCUUAUGUCUUUCCUUAUGAUUUUAACUGACUUUUUUUGUAGGCAGUACAACAUUACCAUGGAAAUUUGAAAAACAAUCGCAGUGCUAUCAAAAGUAACAGCUUUAAUAAGAAUUGUACUGUAGAUUUUUUGCUGGUAGUGGUAAUAUGUGAUGGUUAUGUUGGACUGAUACUGUUGGACUGAUAUUGUUUUCUGAAGAAUCAAAUUGGAUAUCAAUUUUGAACCAAAAUAUAAUACUUUAUGCAUUCACAAUUCUUCAGCCAGUCAUAACCAGAUAUGUUUUUGGGAUAUUGUAAAAUAAAUGUAAUAUUUGCAACUAGA